AUGAAUGAGACAAGGCGAUCCUAUCAUCACCACCACCACCACCAUCACCACUACCGAAACCAGUUUGCUGUAACCAGUGAUAUAUCAAAGUCAGGGUCGCUUAAUAUGUCCAGUAUGCAUGCUUCUACUGCCGCUUUGGCGAAAAUUAUUGAGGGAAGUGGAAUCGGAAUCUUAGGAGCAGGGUCUCGGAAAUAUCGACAGGCUGCCGAAGUACGCGAUCGCGAGGAGGAUUUAGAGGAGGGUGAGGCAAUUGAUGAAGAUGAAGAAGACGAAGAGAGUGAGGAAGUGGAAGAUGACGAUGAUGGAGAUAGAAUAGAUGGCAUACGGGAUACAAACAAGAUUAGGAAUGGGGGAAACGGAUCCCCGUGCCGAGACCAGCAUAUUUCUAUUCUCUGCAAGCACUCUGGUGCCAAGCGCGCACCGUAUCGCGUAGAGGGCCGAGCACAGGGUAAUGUUCCAGAUGCGAGGGAUAUUGAAGAGGACGGAGAAGAUGAAAGGAAUGAUGGAAAACGAAAUCGUUCUGGGGUUGGUGUGUGCGCUAUAACAGACUCGGACGAAAUGAGUGAUGACAGCUACAAUCAAAAACAAAGGAAGAAGCAUCAUCGUUCCUAG